AUGACGGAAGAAUAUGAAGAUCCCUUCUCCGUUCCAAGGGAAUCUGCAGUGAUAAUUCCACAUUUACAACAACUGGAAAAAGAUUUCUUUGAACUAGUUGGUUAUGGAAAUGUUGCAGAUGUAAAAGAUUUUCUUGAGGCUCAUCCCGAUUUCAAUAUUAAUGUAAUGGAUUUUCAGGGUGUCACCGCGCUUCAUAUCGCAGUCCGUGAUAGAAACCUACCGAUGGUUGAGUAUCUUUUAACUCAUCCCUACAUCGAUCCUGGCGAUGCGCAUUUACACGCUAUCAGGGAUGGCGAAAUAAGGAUCACGCAGGUUAUUUUGAAUAAACUGAAUCAAUUGUCUCCGGGAUUGGAAUACGCAGGGGUGACCCAAAGUGCUGAUUUUCCGGAUGAAACAACGCCACUCACAGUAGCGGCGCAAUAUGGACAGUUCGAGAUGAUCAAUUUCCUCCGGAAUAGACUACAUAUGCUCCCAAAACCUCAUCCGCCUAGUUGCAAUUGCGAAACGUGCAAAAGCGAAAGAGAAAAAUACGAUCUGCUCACGACUGAAAAAAUGCGAAUAUUCAUAUAUAAAGCCGUCACGAAUCCAGCAUUCAUUUGUCAAACCGUCGAUGAUCCAAUUUUGGAAGCGUUCAAUUUGUCUUACGAACUACGAAAUGCUGCCAAUUUCGACAGAGAAUUUUAUUACGAAUAUAGAAGUCUCUCUGAGGCUGUCUCGCAAUUUGCAACCGAUUUGAUCGGUUGCGCAAGAACCGUGGAAGAGGUAGAAGAAAUUUUGAAACAAUCCACUGGAUUCGCUCUUUCGUCCAAAUUUCUGUAUCCAAGAUUAUUAUUCGCUUUGCAUAACAAACAGAGAUCCUUUGUAGCCCAUCCCAAUAUACAACAGGUAAUUUCAAGCAAAUGGAUAGAAGGAUGGUACGAAUGGAAGAUCAUGACACCAUGGAUGAAGUGUCUAAUCGUAAUAUUACGCAUGUUCACGCUUUUCGUGGUAUUAGUAGUGAUUUUAGUAGCUCCAAAUUCUAAAAAAUCAAAAUUUUGGCAAUCACCCGUGAAUAAGUUCAUCUCAUCAACCGCUAGUUAUUUAUGGUUUCUCCUUAUCGUUUUUCUUCAAUCGAAUAUAGACAAAAGCGAGCAACUUCGUGGACCGCCAAAUACAGGUAUUAUAAUGAUUAUAUCUGCUAUCGACAUUCAAGGGCUGAGGAAAAUAAAUUUUUAA